GACAUAAGGUGGAAAGAAUCUAGAAAUCUGAAUUGAUAGGUGAUACACACACACACACACGAGAGUGUGUACGUAUAGGUUUCUCUCUCUAUAUCUAAAAAUUCUUUGGUGGCCAAAUGGCAAAGCAAUUUAUGAUGGAAUCAAAGCAAUAUAUGUGCCUGGAGACCACAAGUUGACAAACCUAAACCUGUGACUUCAUUUUAUUUCAUUUCUAGAGAGAGAAACAAACAUAGGGAUCUAUAUCUAUCUAUCUUAUCUCAAAUCACUCUCUCUCUCUCUCUCUAUCUCUCUUUCUCGUAUCUGUUGAUCAGAAAAGUGGACCAGUAGAUCGGAGAUUUUCCUUUUUUUAUUAUUAUAUUUUAUACCGAUGAUCCUUUAAUUUCAUAAUUUGAUUCAAUUCAGUUAUCGGAUUUCUGUAAUUCACUGGAGGUUAUUUUGAAGAGGAUUUGUGCGGUUUUGACGGUUAAUUAUCGGCAUGAGUGCAGGAAUGGCAGCCAAAGUACAAGCUAAGACAUAUUUUCACGGUUCCAUGAUGGAUCUAAACAACGGUUUAUGCAAUGUUAUGUGGGACCCAUAUCGUGAUGACCGAAACCAGAGUUACAACUCCUUUUUGAUGAGCCAAACCAUGGAUGGAUACUCGGGAUAUCCGAAAGAACAAAUGAGGCGAACUAUUUUGAAUCAAGAGUCAGUCUUCAAGCAUCAGCUUCAAGAACUUCAUCGCCUGUAUAAACGGCAAAGAGAUUUGAUGAAUGAAGUUAGAAUGAAAGACCAUUACGGUUUUACAAUACCAGCAAAAGCUCCAAAUUCGGGUCAUUUUUUAAGUCAAGUUUGUUCACAGAGAAGAGUGAUUGAUUUAGAACUGCCUGCUGAUGUGGAAGAAGAUAAUCAAGGGGUGGAAAAUGUUCAUAAUUUAAUCACAAAAAAACCUUAUAAUUUGGCUGAUCUUAACGAACCAAUCCAGAUGGAAGAAGCAAGAAACAGUGAUUACGGUAGUACUGACAACAUACAAAGGCAAGAUUUAUCUACAAAUUCAAACUUUUGGUACUUGCAAUCUGUACCGAAGCAAUCUAAUGACCAUUUAUCGAGGAAAAAAACGAUAUUUGGUGUUGAACUUUGUGAAAGCGGGCAUAAGUCGCCUUUUGAUUCUUCACAGUCUUCUUCACGAGAUCAGAAUACUUCAUCGCUUAACCAUAACCAUUGGACCGAACGACAUGAAGUUUUUAAUGGGAAAAAGAAUCUUGAAAAACAGCUGCCGCAUUGGCUUAUGAACACCAAAGGGAAAGAAACGAUACUUUAUCAGAUGAACUUGGAUUCUUUGCAGCAACAUUCUCAGCAGUUUUUCAAGAAAGCCGAGAAACAUCAAACCGAAAACGUCCAUAUUACAAAAAUUCUAGGGGUCCCGAUUCAAGAUUCCGCCAUCCAUACUCAGGAUACGAAUGCGGAAACUGAUAAAAAUAACGGCAUUUUGAAACCAAGGCAUGGCAUUGACUUGAAUCUGUCAUUUGACGAAGACGAGGAUCUUUCUGCAACACCGCACGUUCCAGAAACCGUUGUCGGUAUUGCUUCAACGGAGAUCGACUUAGAGGCCCCUGCAACCGUUGAAGCUGAAACAGAUGAUCAGGAACUUGUUAAAUCUGCAGCUGAGGCUAUCAUGUCCAUUUCGUCAUCUGACGCACCGCCAGAUGAUACUUUGCUGCAGUGGUUUGCAGAGGUGAUUGCGUUGGAAUGUGAUGGUAACAAAUCCGUAAAUGUGAAUAAAGAUGAAGAUUGUAUUCCCGAAGGUAUGGAUUACUUCGAGUACAUGACGUUAAAGCUGCAAGAAACUGAGGUAGAUAACCGCUGCUAUAAGGCAGCGACUGUGGUGGACGAUAAAGAAGACGGCGGUUUAUCGAGAAAAACGGUGACAAGAAAGGGACAAGGAAAGAGGGGUAGGCAGAAGAAAGAUUUUCAGCGCGAUGUUCUGCCGGGAAUUGUUUCGUUAUCAAGGCGAGAAGUGACGGAAGAUCUUCAGACGUUUGAAGAGGCGUUUAACGGUAUUGGUGUUUCGUGGCAGUCGAAGAGGAAAGCUGGCAGGGGCAGGCGGCAGUUGGCGGUUGUUAGUCCCACGCUGUCACCGCCUCCCGCUCCGCCACCAGAGAUGGCGGUUGAGCAGAGUGUUUGUCGGGAGGUGGCGUUGGAGGAGAAAAGUCUUAGCGGGUGGGGAAAAAGGACGAGACGGUUGCCCAGACAGAGAUGUCAAAAUGGUGGUAAUCAUCAGUCUCUUGCUUUGAAGUGUUGAGUCAAAACGACGGUUGACUAGCGUCGGUGUUGUGACCAUUGAUGUAAAUAGUUAUACAGUAGAGUUCUUAAAUCUGUCUCCUGCACAAGUGAUGAAAGUUGCAUUCAACAAAGUUAGUUACUUUGGUAAGAAGAACAACAUUCUGGUUUAUGAAUUUGAUAGGUUUUGGUUCAGUGCUUGCUUAAUUAGUCAUAAUUACCAUCUUUAACUGCUAACACUUGAGUGAUUGGUCAGUUUUCAUAUGUAUGAGACACCAAGUUGUUACUUAUAGGAUGAAUCUUGAUAAAAUUCUGGGGCAAUUAUAUAUGAAGUAUUUUGAAUGUUUAUAUUA